AUGGAUGAUCUUGAGGAAGGCCCUACUGUGCCUGUAUUGUUCCUCGGCGACCCAGGUUGCGGCAAAUCCACCUUCCUCGCGAAGCUCUCGUCUGGCUCCUCGUCCAUUGCCAAACCUAUUUCUCCAUCCAAUCCUCUUCCAUUGCUACGAGACUAUGAUCAGCCAUACGUCUACAACAUCCGCAUGUACAAUCGUCCCUACCGCUUCGAGCUCUAUGACACAGCCUCCCCAGACAACUACACACUUCUCAAACCAGAUUUCAUCAUCAUUUGCUACGACAUCAAUGACAGACGGACAUUGGAGAACGUUGUGGAUAUCUGGUCGCACCAAGUCUCAACGACCUGGCUGAGCGAGAAAGAGGAGAUUCCGGUGGCGCUAUUGGGCCUGAAAAGAGACCUGAGAGUUGAAAAGCCAGGAGUCAUAUAUCCUCAGGAGGCCCAUGUGAUUGCUCAAGAGCUACGAUGUGAUAUGUAUGCAGAGUGCUCGGCCAUUACUGGUGAGCUCAUGACUGAGGUAUUCGAAGAUAUUGCAAGAAGAGCUGCGAGGACAACUACUGAAGCAGGAGGUCGGACGGAGAUGAAUUGCAGCGUCAUGUGA